AUGGUAUACGACUGGGAGGGCAAGAGAGAAAUAUGCUAUCAGAUGUACAUCAAAGAUAAAAAAGCGCUAGAGGAAAUUAUGGAAUACAUGCGAAAUGUAUAUCAAUUCUCACCCAGUAAGCGCGCCUUUCAGACUCAGUUUAAGCGAUGGGGCUUUCCUUCCAAACAGAACCCGGCCCACAAAAAUGCUGAGCUUGUCGCUCGCAUCAAACAACUUUGGGAGCGGAAUACAAGCCAACGGGACAUGCUGCGCGUCUUGAAUGAAGAAGGCUUUGAGAUUAAAGAAAGAGAAUUGAUGCGAGUACGCGCGAAGAAUCGCUGGCUACUCCGUGUUCCCAAUGGAAUGAAGUCGCAAGCAACUAUCCGACCAUCUGUGCAGCUACCAGAAGACGAGGGACUACUGGCACUCCAACAGGAAGUUUACAAGACUGCAGAACCCUACUACGACGCUCAGAAUCUUCCUGCCGAUUCAUCGGUCAUGCGGCCUCCAUCGCCUAGCUUAUCAGCUGAUGUACUCGCGAAGCGUCAAGAGAGACUUGAACGCUUGAAAGCGGAGAGUGCUGAACGUUGGGCUUCCAGGAAACGGCGUCGGCGCACCAGGGAAUGGGCUGGACUACCAGCCGACCCGCCUGGGCCACCUCGCUUUCCUUCUGAGACCACAAUCGAUGAGAGUAAGAAAUACCUGAGCCUAGACAAUUCUAGUUACCGUCAAAUAAGAGAUCAGUUUCAAAGGAUAUGUGAAGAGGCAGGGUUUAUCAAGAAAACUGUUGCUGGACCUGAAAGAUGGCAGGAAGCAAAAAACAGACUAAUACAAGAGUCUGAACAUCUUCAGCGGGUAUUCUGGGAAGAUCCCAAUCGGCUGGAUGCCAAAGCCCUCGCUCUCGAUGUCGUUUGUACAGAUGUCACUAAACGGAUGAGGACAUUAGAAAGGCGAAUGACAAUCGCGGAAGCUAAAAACGCCCUUGGGAUCAAUCCCGAAGAAAGCCGCCAAAUUCGCAACGCAUUUUACAAUACACUAAAAGCGGCUCAUUUUACUAGCAAGUUGGAGGCUGGUGACGAGCAUUGGAAGCAACUGAAGGAGAGUUGGAUUCGAGACACUGAGUUGCUGCAACGCAUCCUUGCCCCUGGCUCGGCGGAUCCGGAGCAUGCUACGAAAUUGAAAGCUCUCGAAGUGCUCUGUCGCGAUGUUAUGAAGCGACUUCGUGAUGACCAAACCAAACGAGAUCCCUCUCGGAAGAAGUCUAUUACUCGCACCAAUAUUUCAAGUCCAGACGCUGCUGGCACCCAUGACAAUAGUGCAUUCGGCAGCAUUACUAAUGGAAUCAGCACGCUUGCGUCGCAAGCUCUCGCCAGCGCCCCGAUGACAUCGGGCGACUUAAGUGACAUGCAAAUAGAUCCCUCGCUUCUGCAAGCGGCAAAUGAUACCUCGUUUGCCUCAGCAACUCAUGAUACUGGGAAUCCUUUUGGAUAUGUUGACCCUAUUCUAGAUUCAACUUCGCUGCAAGUGCCGAUCUAUGUGCGAACCUAUCCUCCAAACCAGGUUCACGAGUCUAAGACCAGCGUCGAGAAACUAGCAACAAAAUCCGUCACCGAGUUACGCCAGCUAGUUGUUUCUAGGUAUCCUGGUUCCAUCGUUACCAAGAUUCAGGGAAUCGAUCAGGAUGAGCAUGGAAACGAAGUCACUUUCAACAUCCAUGACGAUAAUGAACUCGACGCUUAUUUAACGCAUGUACAUGGGCGGAGAGCAUACAUUGUCUGUCGCCUAGCUUAG